CCAUGAUCCCAAUUCCCAUGAUCCCAAUUCCCAUGUAGUAUUUUCUUUCUAUUUUCUAACUAUCCCUUGGAAGUUGGCAGCGCUACUUAGGCUUGGAACUUUAAUGUCGAACCUGCCCGCCAGUCGCCAACGCUGAGCAACCAUUUGUUGAUUUGAUCGGACUUCGCACCAACACUCCUUCCAUGAUCCAUCCAUAGUUAAUAUAUCCGGCACCUCCCUACACAUACGUGAUACACUUCCCUCUUUCCACUUCCAUCUUUCCACUUCCUAUGGAUCCGCGAGCUGCUCCUCUCCAGAAGAGCAGGCGGCAGCUCGCAGCCGAUCCUCAACGCGAGUCCUCUAUAAGGCCCGACCAGGCAGCUCGCCCUCGAAGUAGCGCAAGAUUUCGAGCCAAAGAUUCUAUGGAGUCUUCCGUUUCCCACGCUCCCCAGCCUGUCCAAGCAUCACCUAUCCGUCCUGCACGUAUCUCUCCGCCGGCCCAGACCAAGCGGAAGCGUUCGCAAGAAGACUCUAAAGCUGAAGCUGACAAGCCAAAAGGCGAGCACGUUGCGAAGCAGCCCCGAAGGCUUCUGCCCCAACUCGAGCUCUCGGAGAAGAACCUACGGAAAUUCAAUGGGGAAGAGAUGGAUUCCGCAGUCAAUAAUGCUACGGCUCUGAAACGGUCCUCGUCACAGCGUUCUAUAGCCAGGUCAUCAGAAACGGGCACGGUCCGAUCCAAAUCGUCGUCUAACUCCAUCCCCUACUACCGCUACCAUGAACUUGCGACCGCUGGGGUCUAUAUCCACACCGAUCCGCCUGCCGACAUACAGGCCGCUAUCAACGUCAUUGUCCAAGGUCAAGUCUCCACGGAGCGCCGCACCGAACUCCACGCCAUAGCCCAAGGACUCUAUGACGGCUGCAAGAAAGCAGUCAAAGCCGCGUGUAGCGAAAAUGACUUCCUUGUGCUUUUCCAGAUUGCACUCGUGGCUAUGGACCACAGCCGCCUCUGUCUCUGUACCAAUGCCGACUGGCGAGAGGAGAUUAAACCAACGAUCCGCAAGUCAGAUUUGAAUUUGAGUUUCUUAGCAGAUUUCAACGCCAUGCCUAGUGACCAGCAACAUGGGGACACGUCGGCUUCACCACUGAAACGCCAGAAGCAGGAUGCUGCCCCGACGCCCAUCUCCUCCAGGCCCUCUGGGGCCGGCACAUUGGAUUCCACUCCAGAAAACCAGCCACUGGAAUCGGACAUCAUGCACCCUCCAGCCCCCGGCCCCCUGGAGAAACCCAAAGAGCGGUCCCCGAUCAAAACGCCCCGUCCCGACAUAUCCAUAGGCAUACAAGGCACGGCUCUCAUUUCCGCGCUCUCGUCGCAAAUUCUGGACAACACCCGGGCCAUGCUCUUCCUUGACCAGCUGCAGAACACUAUGAGGCGCCGCGAGCGAGGCGGGCCGGAAGAACCGCUCUUGAUCGCCGUGCCCACGAAACGUGCAUCCGAUCUCGUCUUCCCGUUUGCUAUCGUCGAGGGCAAGGGCUAUUCGACCGGCAAGCAAGUCUUCGAGGCCCAGAACCAGGCUGCAGUUUCCGGAGCUUCUGGUCUGAGGAUACAGGUUGAUCUGAAUGAGCUGGUUGAACGCGCCACAAGUUCCGAUAUUCCACCCGUACCCUCAGGCACUGCGCCCGAACUCUUCUUUUCCGUCUGCACCGAGGGCCCCUACCACGAGCUCUGGGCUCACUAUACUUAUAUUGAAGAUGGUGUGCGAAAUUUCAGCCAGAUCCUUUUGGAGAUUUGCAAUGCACUGCUGCUAAAGAGCGUGGAGAACUUUCUUGUUGUGCUAGAUCUGGUGUUGGGUUGGGGUACAGGGCAGUUUCUGGAAUCCGUGGCAGAGCGCCUGGGCCAGGUAGCAAAGAAGGCGGAGGCUUAAGUAUGAUAAUGCGAGGGACAAAAUCUCAUUUCGGGCACAAACGUAUGCCCGGCUUCUUUAUUCAAUACGCUUAAGCAUCCUGAAGAACAGAAGAACACCAAAACAUUACUAAAAUAUUCAUG